UCCCCUUCUCUCUCUCUCUCAUCCACCUCUCUCUCUCUCUCACUCUCUCUCUCUUUUCCUCUGCUCUCCUUUCUCAAAAAAGCCAUGACGGCGAUCCCGCGAUCCAUCUUCGCCUCCGCGCCAUCUUUAUAUUAUUUCUAAUUUAUUUUAUUUUUCGCCGUCCUGUCCCCCCCCCUCCUCCUCCUCCUCCUCCUCUUCCUCCUCGUCCUCCUCCUCCUCUUCUUCUUCUUCUCCCUCUUCUUCUUCUUCUUCUUCUCCCUCUUCCUGUGGAUGUCAGAGGCGUUUGGAUGAAGAUCUUUUUUUUGCCCCACCGGAGUCUCCUCUCUAACCCCGGCUCUCCCCGAUGUGAUCCGCGCUGAACGCCGCCGCCGCCGCCGCCAGCCACCAUGUCUCGCCGCAAGCAAGGCAAACCCCAGCACUUAAGCAAACGGGAUUUUUCGCCGGCGGAGCCCCUGUCCACGGCCGCCGUCUCGUCGGAGGAGCUGUCGGAGCGCUGCUCGGAGCACUCGGAGGAGAGCGGCAGCCCCAACGGCCGCCACCACGGCCACCACGGCCACCACGGCCACCACAACCACCACCACCACCACCACCGCCACCACCACCACCCGGGCCCCGCCGCGGCCCGGGCGGGCCGGCCGGGGCCCGACGCCCACCCGGCCCCGGAGCAGGACCUGCUGACCUGCGGCCAGUGCCAGGCCACCUUCCCCCUGGCGGACAUCUUGCUCUUCAUCGAGCACAAGAGGAAGCGAUGCAACGGGCCGCCCUGCCUGGCGGUGGGCCGCGGGCUGGACAAGCCGCCCUCGCCCUCCCCGGGCCUGGCGCUCACGCCGUCGCCCGCCGUGGGGCCGCUGCGCAGCCGGAGACCCGUGGAGGUGGGCGUCCAGGCGACGCUGGCCGACGAAGACGACGACCGCUUCUCGUCUCCCAGGGUGAUCUGCCCCAAGCAGGAGCCGCUCCCAGGGAAGGAGGAGCCGACGACCUACACCUGCACUACAUGUAAGCAGUCCUACGGCAGCGCCUGGUUCCUGCUGCAGCACGCUCAGAACAGCCACGGCUUCCGAAUCUACCUGGAAAGUGAACACGGAAGCCCUCUCACCCCGCGCAUGGGUGGACCUUCCUCCCUUGGCGGAGGCGCAGACUGCCCUUCCCAGCCUCCCCUCCACGGCCUCCACCUGCCUCCCGAUGCAAGUCCUUUCAACCUCCUCCGCAUCCCGGGCUCAGGCUCAGGUGGAAGGGACAGUGUCGGAGCAGGAGGCAGUAUUGGCGUCGGUGGCCCUGUUGGUGGGGGUCAUCAUCAGCGUUUCCCUCCAACGCCGCCCCUUUUCAGUCCCCCUCCAAGAAACCACCUGGAUCCCCACCACCUGAGCCCAGAGGAGCUGGCGCUGGCAGCCCACCACCCGAGUGCCUUUGACAGGGUGCUGCGCCUCAAUCCUCCUCUGCCUCUGGACCCCCCUCCAACAAUGGACUUCUCAAGGCGGCUACGGGAACUGGCGGGAAACACCUCAGGGUCCUCUCCCCCGCUGUCUCCCAGCCGGCCAAGCCCCAUGCAGCGCUUGCUUCAGCCAUUCCAGACGGGGGCAGGUAAUGGAGGCGCAGGAGGGGCAGGAGGCAGCAAACCUCCAUAUCUCGCCACUCCACCACCGCUUCCAGGCUCCAUGCAGUCCCCUGUGGGCUCUCAAACCACUCCUACAACUCCUCUUCCCUCGGCAGGUCCAACAUCCUCCUCCUCUGCCCAACUGAAAUCAAAGUGUUGUGAGUUUUGCGGCAAAGCCUUCAAAUUUCAGAGUAAUCUAAUAGUGCACCGGCGAAGCCACACAGGAGAGAAGCCGUACAAGUGUCACUUGUGUGAUCAUGCUUGUACACAGGCUAGUAAAUUAAAGCGCCACAUGAAGACCCACAUGCAUAAAUCCUCCUCGCCAAACACAGGAAAGUCAGAAGAUGGGCUUUCGACAGCCUCGUCUCCAGAGCCGGGCACCAGCGAGCACAUGGCCAGUGCAAGCAACGCCCUGAAGUCAGUGGUGGCUAAGCUGAAAAGCGAGAAUGACCGCAUGCUACGUGAAAACGGUGAGGAGGAGGAGGAGGAAGAGGAGGAGGAGGAGGAAGAAGAGGAGGAGGAAGAAGAGGAAGAGGAGGAGGAGGAGGAGGGAGAGGAGGAGGAGGAGCAGAAUGGAGAAAGGGCAGCCAGAAGAAAUAACAGCUAUCACUUCGGUUUGAACCUGGACACAGCGCGUCAGCAUGAAAACAACGGCGGGAUCGGAAAUCGACUGGGCGGAGUGGCCGACGAGGGGAGCAUCCCUCGCUCGCUGCCCGAGGUGAUGCAGGGGAUGGGACUGGCUGCCAGCAUGCAGCACUUCAGCGAAGCCCUCAACGCACACAAACGAAACGCCAUGGGCCAAGAGAACCACCUGCACCACCAUCUCAAUCGAGACCAUCACCACAGUCGAGAGAUGUGUGAUGGAGACUCUGUGCUGGAGACGGAUCGUGGGGAGGAGGGCUCCGUCUCGACCGUGAAUGGGCGAGGGGCGUCUCCAAACGAAUCAGCCUCCAUUGGCCUCUCCAAGAAACUACUUCUGGGUAGCCCCAGUCCACUCAGUCCUUUUUCUAAGCGCAUCAAGCUGGAGAAGGAAUUUGACCUGCCCACUCCCACAAUCCCUAACACAGAGAACGUCUACUCCCAGUGGCUAGCUGGAUAUGCCGCCUCUCGACAACUCAAGGACCCUUUUCUGAACUUUGGGGAUUCCAGACAAUCGCCCUUCGCCUCUUCUUCUGAGCAUUCUUCAGAGAACGGCAGUCUGCGUUUCUCGACCCCUCCAGGCGAACUGGACGGUGGGAUGUCAGGCCGCAGUGGUACAGGCAGCGGGGGAAGCACGCCACACCUCGGGGGUCCUGGGCGGCCCAGCUCCAAGGACGGCCGCAGGAGUGAUACUUGUGAGUACUGUGGCAAGGUGUUCAAGAACUGCAGUAACCUUACAGUGCACCGGCGCAGCCACACAGGGGAGAGACCGUACAAGUGUGAGCUGUGCAAUUACGCAUGUGCCCAGAGCUCCAAACUCACUCGCCACAUGAAGACCCACGGUCAGGUGGGCAAAGACGUGUACAAGUGUGAAAUUUGUCAGAUGCCCUUCAGUGUCUACAGCACCUUGGAGAAACACAUGAAAAAAUGGCACAGUGACCGCCCUUUGAGUACCGAAAUAAAGUCAGAGUAGAAGGCCGAACAAUGAGACCUUUUCCCCACAGCUGUGUCCGCCAUCAGUCCCCUGUUCUUUCCCAGCUCCUUGUAGAUUUGCCCCAAUCCCAACACUCCACUUUCGCCAAUCUGGUGGAAGCUUAAGACCAUGUGCUCUGCACCAGCACACCCCGUUUCCAUUACCCAUUGAAUGCAUGAUCUGUAUCGGGGCAAUACUCUUGCAUUGACGCAAAACUUCGAGCCUUUCUCUUGUGCAAUAAUUUACAUGUUGUGUACUAUUUUCUUUUUGAGUUUUUCCUUUUCCAUUUUUAAGAAUUAGUCAGCAUGCAUAGUAUGUUUUUGCUAAUCAAAAAAAUUGAAAAAGAAAAAAAAAAGAAAACGAAAAGAAUUUGUCCCUGGUUGGUUAGUUGUUGAGUAAAUGUGUUGCUGUUUUUCUCUUGUUCUGUUUUUUUCUUUUUAAUUCUUCAAAAAGAGAAAAGACAAGAAAGGUACAUCCAUGCUGCAUACAUUCUGUGACACAUAUCAUGUACAGUUUUGUUUUGUGACAUGGAACGUGAACAGUCUUUGACUUGACCCUCUUCCUGCAACCCUGGAAAUGCACUUAUCCUGAUCUUUCUAAAAGAUGCCAUGUUCACACAGGGUUCAAAAAAGAGAAAAAAAAAAUCACGCAUUGGCUUGACAACUAAACUGAGAGCGAUGACAGCCUUCAAAUUUCUUUCAAAAAGACAAGGGUGCGCUGAGAAUUUAAUUUGUACUAUCAUUUGGUAGAAUAAGAAAAGAGUGCCUUUGAUAUUUCAAGACUGCAUUGGCCAUAAUCUUAUCUGGUAUAAGCUUGGGGUCAGACUAGAUGAUGCUAUAGAAGAUUUAAGCCACCCAGGAAAGGUCCUUGCAUCAAGCACCUGACUGCUCAAACGGACUGUGACGACUCAUGAUGGAAGAUCAGCGAGUUCUCGUUAAUCAUCAUUUAGCUACCUAUUACAUGUUCAAUAGGCUAUCUUUAAAUAUGUGGAUUUCAUUGCAAGCAUGGUACAAGCAGUAUUGUGUAUAUCUGAAUUAUUUGUAGUUUCGUUUCUGGUAGGGAGGUACUCUUUUUGUUUUGGGGAGAUAAAGGUAACCUGUAAUGUACAAUCCUGAACUUGAGGGGAUACGGCACAUGGCUGAGAAGUGUCACGCAUCUCGCGUUAGCACAAACCUACAACGCUGCUUCAGGACGUCAGUGUGUGGAACAAUGCAUCCAAUGAAAUAUGAGCUCCGAACCAGGUGAACUUUAGUUGCGAGCAUUGAAAAAAACUACAAGCUAGACAGAUAGAGAAAGCUACUCAGAACUGGAAGCUAUGAAACAUAUAACGGGGAUCAGAGGCAAUGUCUUUUACAUUUCUAUCACCAAAACAGGGUCGUUAAACUAUGAAUUGCAGUAAGUGAAAAAGAAUUUGCAAAAACUAUAUCUGUACUCUAGGGCUCCUGG